AUCGACUAUUCGAUUUAAUAAUCGAUUUUGAUUCUAAAAAUAUAAACAAACCCAUUUUUUAAAUUUAAAUUUUGAAUUUGUCAGAAAGCUCCUCGGGCGGAGGACAAAUCUUAAUGGACAUCUUCGAGAGCUUCUGCCGGACGUGCGGCAACGAGUGCCUGGAGUCCCUGGGCAUCUACGAGGAGAGCGUCCGGGCGCUGGACAAGAUGGUUCCCAUCGCGGAAAUGCUGGCGGCCUGCCUACCCGCCUCCUUGCCGCCCUUGGACCAAUCCGACGACUACCCCAAGCAGAUAUGCCGCAUCUGCGUGAGGAAGCUCUCGAUGGCCUACGAGUUCAGCCACCAGUGGCUAGGCGCCCAUAGCGAGUUCAACGUGGCCCUGAAGUUCGAGCAGCGCAGAAAGCGCAGCCUGGCCAGCAAAACCCUGUCCCAGCCCUCAACACCAUCCCACCAAGGCAAGCCGACGGCUGUCCAGCUGCCCACCGAGGCGGCGGAGCCUGUGAUUCCGAAAAUCGAGCCGGGAGUGGAACCUGCACCUGCAACCGUAGAAACGAGGACCAGCAGCGAGCCCAGGCUCGGUUUCAAGUGCGGCAUCUGCAAAGAAAGCUUCCACACGGAGAAGGCCUGCCAGUUUCACUACAAAUUUUCGCACAAGGAUCUUUAGUCCAGCUAUGCACCUCACUACUUUACUAUAAGAUGUCUUGCUCACCUACUACAAGACUAGAUUGAUGACUAUCUAGUCGGGAAUAGCUUAAAUGUAUUUGUAAUUCUAUGCAAUUUUGUGUGUUUUUAACUGACAGUCUUGUGCGAUAUGACCGAAUUGCUUUCGCAAGCCCCAUCCACUUAGGAUUGACCAUAUUUCAUCUCGUACAUUUAGAUAUUUGCCUGGAUGGCUACAAAUAAAGUGAACUUUGUGGACCCCUA